AUGAUCGUGUCACCUGAUGAUGAUUUCACAAUCCUUGUGUUCGACAUGGGCACUGGCUACUUCAAAGUGGGCUGUGGAGGAGACGACGCUCCCUUACAGUUCCGUACCAUGUUAGCCAAAAAGGAGGAUGAGACUCUGGUGGGCGAAGCGGCAGAGGCCGCGACAAAGGGAGCGUCUCGCUACACCAGAUCUUACCCAAUCCAGCGCUUGAUUCCUGAGAAGUGGGAGGAGAUGAUGCAUGUUUGGUCUCAUGCCUUUUACAAUGUGGCGCGCAAAGCACCUGACGAGUGUGUCGUGGUGAUCACGGAAGCUCCUUUGGUUCCCCGUGAGACCCGAGAAUACAUCGGACAAUGCAUGCUUCGAUCCUUUCAGGUCGCUGCAGUGAAUUUUAUCCACCAAGAAACGGCAGCUCUUUUCAGCACAGGGAUGACCACAGGCAUUGUUGUGGACUCUGGCUAUUCAGUAACGAGAUCAGUUGCAGUGGUUGAAGGAGCUCUGCUCAGCCACACCUACAAGUUUGUGGAGUUGGGAGGUCAGGAUGUAUCAGCUUGGAUCCACGAGCGAUUGCCAGAGGUUGACGACGAAGUAGACUUGGUCAAACGCACUGCAUGCUACAUACCAGAAGAUAUGGAACAGGAGAGGAAGGACGGAAAGGGCGUUACAAUGGAACUGCAACGUGGAGAGGUACAUGUGCCCCUCGAAUGUCGAAUUGAAGCGCCCAACAUCCUCUUCGACCCCAAAGCUUGUGAAAACAUUGUUUGCUUGAUGGAGAAAUGCGAGUACGAAUCAAUCCAAUCAAUGGUUGCAGACACGCUCUUGAAAGCCGCGCCUGAGUCUCAGAAGAGCCUGGCGGCCAAUGUGGUUCUUGUGGGUGGCAACUCCAAGUUCCACAAUUAUGGUGCUCGCUUAAAUCUGGAAGUGAACAAGGAGCUGAAUGAACGCCAUUCAAUAGUCUCCAGCGUGAAGGUCAAGGCGGCAGCAGAACGUGAGUAUCAGGUAAGAGCAAUGUUCACUGGUGGCUUCCUCAGCACAGCCAUGGACGCCACCAUGGGGAGCAUUGCCCCUACAGGGCUCAAGGGAAAGCUGGCUGCUCUGGAGGAGAUUGAAAGUCUUCGCGGAGACAAGGCUGGCAUUGAGGAGCACUACCAGGGGCAGUUGCAAGAGCUCAAGAAGACCAUGGUCGGAGACGUUCAACGUUUGCAGGAUGAAGUCAAGCGGCACUUUGCUCAGCAAAAGGCGGAGAACUCACGCUUGCAGCAGCAAAUCACCACUCUGAAGGGAGAGAAGACGUCAUUGCAGCAACAGAUUCUGGGGCUGCAGAGGCGCGUGCAGGAGAUUGAAGAGCAGGCGGGUCAGUCAAAGGAUGUCAAAGGAGGACAAUCAUAUGCUACCAUUCCAUCAGAUUGUUCCCACUUUGGUUUUGUUUGUUUCUUGAAAUGCAGGUGGGCGCCGAUUGAAGAUGCUGGAGAGAAGUGA